GCUCGCGCGCAAGGGCAAACGGUCUUCUCCGGUGUCUCAGAGCACAGAGACGAGGUUACAACGGUGUUUACGUUAUUAACGGACGCUCACCGGGACGGUUUCAUCGACUCAGGAACUCCACAGAGAGAGCUUUAUGGAGCGUUACGAGUCCCUGGGUCUGGUCGGAGAGGGCAGCUAUGGCACCGUGCUGAAGUGCCGUCACAAAGAAUCCGGCCGCCUCGUCGCCAUCAAGAAGUUCAUGGACUCAGAUGAUGACAAGACAGUGAAGAAGAUCGCUCUAAGGGAAAUCAAGCUGCUGAGGCAACUGCGCCAUGACAAUCUGGUGAACCUUCUCGAAGUUUGGAAACGUCGCCGCCGCUGGUAUCUGGUGUUUGAAUUUGUGGAGCGAACACUUCUGGAUGACUUGGAGCAAAACCCGAAUGGACUGGACCUUAACACCAGCCGACAGUACCUGUACCAGGUCCUGAGAGCUGUAGCCUUCUGUCACCAGCAGAAUAUAAUCCACCGUGACAUCAAACCAGAGAACAUACUCAUCUCUCAGGGGGACGUGGUUAAACUAUGUGACUUUGGCUUUGCUCGGACAAUGACUACACCUGCUGAUGGGGGUGUAUACACUGACUAUGUGGCCACGCGCUGGUACAGAGCCCCUGAACUACUAGUGGGUGACACCAAGUAUGGCAAACCUGUUGAUGUGUGGGCAGUCGGUUGUCUGCUGUUGGAGAUGUUGACAGGUCAGCCUCUGUUUCCCGGAGACUCUGACCUUGAUCAGAUAUACCACAUCGUCAGGUGCUUUGGUAACCUGACAGCUCAUCACCAGGAGUUGUUCUACAGGAAUCCUGUUUUUUCUGGAGUCCGACUGCCCCAAUGCUCCAGUAGAAUCCCACUGGAGCAGCGCUUUCCAUCAGUUGCCACCAAUGCUCUGGAUGUUGCACAGAGUUGUCUCCAGAUGGAUCCAGACAGUAGAGCUCACUGUUCUGAACUUCUGGAGCACCCUCUGUUCACACAAGACUCUUUCGACAUAAGGUUUUUGGAUGAGUUGAAUGCUAAGAUCCAAAAAGACCACAGAGAAAACUCCACACUUCCCAAAAUAGCAAAAAGCCAAAAACGGGACAAGGAUGAUGUAAAUGAUAAGAACCAAAGACGGAAAGACAAGAAACAAUCUGAAGGCCUAGAAGAGAAAUUCAACAAAGAAAAGGAGAAGGGGAAUAAAGAGGACAGAGAAGACAAGUUGCCCAAAACAAAAUCCAAGCAGCCUUCAAAGCCUAAAAACAUGCACAACACUUCAGAACCUUCAGUGUCCACCAAACAACCCAAAACAUCAGGUGCCAAGAUUCCUGAAACUGCAGCAAAAGUGACCAAAAUCAACCAUGGCCAAACAGCCAUGAAAAGUAAACCUGGGAAGGCAGAGUUUAAGAAGGAACCUGAGAUUUCUAAGCCAACGAGAACCCGUACUUCUGAUUCAUUGGAGACCUCAAAGACUGCGGCAGAUCUUAAGAACGAUAACAUGGUAGAUACCAAACCAAAGCAUGGGAAAGCUGCAUCUUUGGAGCCAAGAGAGGACAACUUGGAAAAUACAAACAAGAAAGAAAGAAAUUCAAUGGGUGCACAUUCCAGUUGCUCAGAGAACACUUCAACAAGUGUGUCUAAGAAAAGUAUGAUUGAAAUCCAGGCAUCAUUGAAGUUUGAGCCAAGUCAAGACUUUGGAAAGAGCAAGAACAACUCAAACACAAAAGUGCUUAAAUUGCCGAAAAGCUUAAAUGCUGAUCAUCCAGUGAAGAGUUCUUCUCCUAAACCAACGUUUGAUUGUACAGUUUCCACUUCAGAAUACACUGAAACUGUGGUAACUUCCACAACCUCUAAAUCUUCCAACAGUGACCAGAAAAGCAUCAAUAUAAACGUAGUAAAUGUCACAAGCCCAACUAUCCCAUCAACCCCCAAGCCAUGCAGGACAGCUACAACCUCAAAGCCUCAGACAAGUUCUUCAGACAGAGACACAGAGCAAAGACUCACUUCUAACAGUCCAAAAGUCAUAGCUUCAACCACCAAGCCUUCUAAGACUACUUCAAAAUCUGGUCCAAGAAUUACCAAAGAAAAUGUGUCUCUGUCAAAUAGUCCCUCAAAGAGUAUUUACACAGAUCUUUCAGCACAGUCCUCCGAAGGGGAAGGUCUUGCACUUAGCGCCCUAGUACCAAGAGAAACCAUCCAAACUGGAUCAUCCUUGGACACUAAACCCAAAAAUGACACCACAUUUGUUUUUAGCAAACCUUCAACGGACCUUCAAACAAACAAGGACCUAGGAGAAGUAUUGAUCACAACCACAGCUAAGCAGGACAGUAGCAACACUUCAAAACAGGACAUUUUGGAGAACUAUGCAUGUUUUACAAAAAGCCCUGUCAGCAACAAAGCUGUUAAACACAAAGACACAUCCAAUUCUUCUAGCAGAGAUUACAAGGAAGGUCCUGAAUUCAAUGACCCCAGCAGCAUCUGUCAGCAAACCACUACCAAGUCCAAGAUCACCACAGAAUCCUCAACUCCCUCACCAAAUGAAAUCCCUGUAAACAAAACACCAAUAGCUACAACAGCCCCUAAAACUUUGAAAAUGGAUGAUAAGGAGAAUAGACAAGAUCUAGCUCCUUCUGUGUCCAUUAACCCAACAACCAAGUCUUUGGUAGAUCAGAUCCCAAAGGUUGCUCGAAGCUCAAAUCUUGAGUUCACAGAACCUAGCGUGAAUGUCUUGAUUGGGGAGCCUAAAACAAAGCUUGAAUCUUUUGGCAACACCACCAAGUCCCACAUAACAAUGAUGCCAAAAGCUCAAAAAACCUCAGAGACACAGAAUAAAAGAUACAUCUCAGAGAGGAAUGAGUCAAUGAAUGUAUCUACAGCCUCCUUCAUGGCCUCGGUAAAUCCAGACCAAGCUUCAGCACGGAUCCUCAACAACAUGUACAUGUCUCCAGAUGUUAACGUGUUAGAUUUCAGUGUUUCUAGUUCCUCUCCACCUCCUCCACCCCCUCCACCCUCCUCCACUCCUCUGCUCCUCCCUCCAUCCUCCACUCCCCUUAUACCCUCCAUUUCUGUCGUCAGUACCAACAGUCCUGGCACCAGUGAUCACUUUACUGCUGGGACGGGUUUCCAUUCUGCGACCAGCAACCUUAGGUGCACAGAAAAACCAUGGCAUCAGAGUGGCAUGUACAGUCGAUUGACCCAACAGUCUUUGCCCAGCCACCUUACAGGACCACUGACGUACCAGAUGCCAGAGAGGAGUCAAAUCUGCGAGCACUCCUUCCUGUCUGACCGUUGUAACGUUAGUAACAGCGGUGGCAAUUUAGUGGCCAAAAGAAAGUCUGACAUCCAUUUCCCAAAUGUAAGAAGUUCAGUGUUGCCGGAGCUCAGAGGAAGAGAAGGUAAACAACACACCAAAGGCCCCUCCAAAGAUCAGAGAAAAGACAAACAACCAGUUCAGACUCUUUCACCCUCGGAUCAGCAGAAGCUUGGAAACAACAGUGCUGAUACACGAAUGUACUGACAGAAGCAACGCUCUGAAUU